UCCUGCACAAGAAGAAGAAGAAGUUUAAGCUUCAGGCUCAAAUCGUAAUCAAGAAAUACGUUUUUCGGUUGAGGUGUUCGGACGUGUUGAACGCAGGAAACAACGAAUUGCACUCAGAUUCACGAUAAUAGUCCAGCUAUCAGCGGAUAAUAGUGUCAAACAGUGCAGUAAUCAACGAAUAAGUACAGCAUCCGGACGGAGGAAGUGCCUUUGUAACGUUCUGAAUUUCGAGUUCGGAUUCCAGUAGCUGCGUCGAAGCUGCAGCAUUGAGUCAUCCGCUUGCCAUAGUCCCAAAGCUACAGUGAACGCGACGCGCAUUGAAUCCAACACGAUCUUUGACCAACAACCAUCAACAUUCCACUAAUAAACGAUCGUCAACAGUAUGGGGUGUGACUGUGAAACAUGUUUAGCGAAAACGGUACUCUCCGUGUUCAAUUUCCUCUUCUUUGUUCUCGGUACCAUCGUAUUAGGCGUAGGAAUAUGGCUAGUCACUGAUAAGACAUCGUUUAUAGCCUUACUGAAAAUGGUUGAAAAUGAUCAGCUGGAGCAUUUCACGCAACCCGCGGUCAUAGAGCAGCUGGCCUAUCUCCUGAUCGUGAUCGGAUCGGUGAUGUUUUUCCUCAGUUUUCUUGGCUACUGUGGUGCGAUCAGGGAAAGUCAGUGUCUCCUAACGACGUAUGGUCUCUUUGUGCUCGUAAUUCUGGUGGCGGAAGUGACGGCUUUUGGGCUAGCGGCUGCUUACAAGGAUCGUGCCCGGACGGAGACCAAAAACUACCUCCAGACAACAAUUUCCAACUACUACACGAGCAACGACCGCAACCAAACCGCAGACGCCGUAACUUUGAUGUGGGACUACAUGAUGUCCGAGUUGCAUUGCUGUGGCGUGGACGAUUACCGAGAUUUUAGCCUUUCGGAAAAGUGGAACGAGAGCAAGCGCGACAAGAUUAUCCCGGUGGCGUGCUGCGUGCAGACUUCGCUGUUCCAACCGCAGGACCAAAAUUGUCCCUUCUCACCGACCGAAUCUAAUAGCUACUUCAAGAAGGGAUGCUAUAUGGCACUAACCGAUUGGAUCCUGUACAACAGAAACCUGGUGAUCAUCGUGGCCAUCGCUGUUGGACUAACGCAGUUGCUGGCCAUUUUCCUGGCAUUCUGCCUUUGUAAAUCGAUCGAGAAAUAUCGAGGAAUGCGUCUGUAAAAUGUCUCACGGCAACGACUCUGCACACCAAACGUAUCACCCACCUGCCCACACACAUACACACUAGGGACGAAACACUGACAAAUGAGCGUACACUACCAUACACACACCGAUAAGUGCUUUCAUUGUUCGCUGGUGUAGCGAUAGACCGGUCGGUAGAAGUUUCUACACCGAGGGGUAUGAAAACCGAUCAAGAGGGACCACCAGGACCAGAGCAAGCAAGACUUGAUAUAAUAUUGUUUUCGUUUUUUGACGAAGUUGUGGCGUAAGCAAUCGAAGUUUCAAUUGUGACUGUCACUGUAGCAAUAGUUCCCAAUCGGGUCGAAGGAGGGGUGAAACAAAGCUAUUAUUGGCCGCCAUCCAUGGUUGUUAACGGUUGGAAAAGGAAUCUCGUAGAUUGUUAUUAUUCGUUGUGGUCAUUUGAGAAGAAUCUCAUGAAGAGAAUUUAUUCGGAAACGGCCAAUACUGCCCUCUGUUAUGGUAGACUAGUGGCAAGAAGGGAGAACGGGCAGUACAUAGAAUACCAAAUUAUACACCGCCCUCAUUGGAAAUUGAACAACAAAUAGCAGUGCGCAGUGAGUGAGCUUAGGCCCUUGAUUAAAUUUGUUCCACUUGCGAUCAACAUUUUAUGACAGUAGCAUAGGUUAAAUGAUUUUUCUUCCAAAUAAUAUCGACAUCGCAUUGUGCGCAAUUAUUGUUGUAUAAUUUUUUUCAUGCCCAAUCCAACUUGUUAAGUAAACUAAAUUUAAGAGACGUAACAUUUAAUUUAACGAUAAAAGCGUAAUAAACUAAAUAAACCAAAC